UGAUUUUGUAUGAAAGAACUUGCAGAAAAUAAGUUGUUAUUGCUAAACAUUUCUAGAUUUAAAGUGUACAAGCAGUUAAAGCUGCUCCACAAGGCUGCAGAAUUGGUACAGCCAUGAAUUUCGACGAUGAAGACGGACUCGAGCUGCAGCAUUUGGCGGGCGGCAACAUUGUAAAACAUGCGCCCGUUUUCUCUGCACAGGGAAGAUUCGUCUUUGUGCGCUGCGGCCUCAAGGUGCAGGUGUUUGUCACCAGCACAGGAGAAUUGACACGUGAGCUAAACGAUGCGACGGCGCCAUUAAUCAGCUUGGAGCUGGACGUGCAGCAGCCGGAGCUGCUGUUGGGCUGCACCAGCACAGGCCAGCUGCUGCGCUGGCAUUGGCGCACGGGCGUGCUGCAAAAGAACAUUAAGUUGCAGCUGGGCACCGAAGGCCUGCAAAUCCUCACGUGCAAUCUGCUAAACUUGUACAAGGAGGGCGACACCGCGUGCGCCUUUGUCACGGUCAAGCGCAAGAGCGGGGAACAGAUCAGCUGGUUCGUGGUGAACACAAGCACAGGCACUGUCAUCGACAUUAAUUGUGGACUCCGAUUAAAAGUUCGCGCCCCUUUGGUGGAUGUGAGCAAGGGCGCCUUCAAGUACAUAAUACUGUCACAGGGCGUCUAUGUUUACUUUCUCAACUAUGUGAACUGGAAGUUUAUGCGGUUUAAGAACACACACAGUGCGCCCAUAACGUGUGUGCGUUUGAGUCCCUGCGAGGAACUGGGCGCCACUGGCGACGAGUCGGGCCGGGUCAUCAUCUGGCGUCAGUUUGGUCAUCAGGAGCGUGUGCUCUGCACGGAACACCACUGGCAUAGUACGGCCGUGACCAGCAUUGCGUUUACGCCCACGGGCGUCAGUUUUUACAGCGCCGGCCAUGAGGCGGUGCUGGUCAAAUGGACGCUGGCCAAUCAGGACGAACGGCAUUUUUUGCCGCGCAUGCCCAGCAUUAUCAGGCACAUUGUGAUCAGCGAUGGGAACGAGCAUGUGCUCGCCUGCACCGACGACAAUGCCCUGCAAUUUGUGAGCCCCAGCGAUGUGCGGCUCAGGUCUACGCUACAACAUUUCACCUAUGCGCUGCCCGACAAGACGGGCAAGAGCUUAUUUCCCAUCGGCCUGUGCCUCAAUCCGCGCACAAACACGCUGGUGCUCAAUGGGCGCAUUGGAAACUUGCAGUUCUACUCGGCCUAUACGAAGAGUUUGCUUUAUAAUCUGCGUGUGGUGGAGAACAAUGUGAACUCCCAGGAGCCGCAGCGGAUCAUUUACAAUACGUGUGUCACAUGCGCCGCGUUCAACAUUGAUUGGAUGGUCACGGGCGAGGUGUACAACGAUCAGCGCAACUUUGCCGAGCUGCGUCUCAAAUUUUGGCAAUAUCAGGAGCGAUUACAAAGCUACAAACUAAACACAAACAUUGAGCUGCCACAUGAACACGGUUUCCAGGCGAUCAUCUUUUCCAAUCAGUUUCAGGUGGACAAUUUGCGUUGUGCGAGCGCUGGCAAGGACAAUGUGCUCAAGCUGUGGACGCUGGGCGAUUCGGAGAACAUUUACAAGCGUGGCAGCAUGUGGAGCUGUGCGGCGCAGGCGAGCUACAAGCGACAGCCACUCGGCUCCAUAUGCUUCUCCCAGGAUGGUUCACUGCUGGCUGCGGGCUACGGCAGCACGAUGGUGCUGUACGAUGCACGUACGCUGCGACUGCUGCAUGCGCUGAGCACAUCCGCUGGCUACGAUGGCGUCGUGGCCAAGGCACAGCUGCGUCUGGCCCAGAUGCCAGUGAAUGGCACACGCACGGAGGUGACGCAACAGCGCCAAAAGCUUUGGAGUCUGCUGCAAACGCUGCUCGACAGCGACGACCAGACGCUGGUGCAGCAGGCGCGUCAACUGAUGGCCAGUGCGCCGAGCAGUCAGAGCAAGUCCAGCGACGAGCUGAAGCCCCAGGAAAUUGCAAAGGAGUCCGUGUACAAGCACAUUAUGCAAAUGUCCGAGUUGGGCCUGCAUCAAAAGCUCCAGCUGCUGCGUCGCUUUGGCAUUGAGUGCACCGUGCACGAGGCCUGCCAGAAGCGACUCAAGGCUUAUCUGCAGAACUGCCUGGUGGAUCCCAUUGCGGUACAGCUGCGUUUGCGAACGCUUGAGACGCGCUUGCACCGACUGCAUCCUCGUCAACGCUUCAAGGCGAAACAGCGCCUGACACGGCUAAGUAGCCGGCGGAAAAACUAUGAACAGCUGGUCCGCCAGGAGUUGUUGCCGCUCUUCAGCGUGCUGCAUCUGGACGAAACCACGAAAGCAGCAGCACCGACGUCAACCAAGCGCAAACGCUGGUCAACACAGCCUGGCAAGAAACUGGCCAAGGUGGUGCCGCUCCAGAGUGUUGCCCAAAUAUCGCAAGUGCAAUUCGGCGCUGGCGCGCAGGCCCACCUGGUGGCCGUCUGUACCGAGACGCGCGUACUCAUCUGGAACCUAAUGACGCUGCGUCUCCAGGCGGGCCUCAAGCUGUCCGUGCAGCAACUGGCCUUUGAUCCGCUCACCAAUCUGAUAGCUGCCAUCACACGCAACGAUGAACUGCACGUCUUCCAGCCUAAUGUGCCGCUGCCCGUCUAUCAGCGCAGCAAUUUGCCCAAGAUGCACGGUUUGGUCUGGCUGCCGCGUCGCCAGCCCAAGCAGAGCUCCAUCAAUGUGGACUGGCAGGCGCAGUCCACGCUGCACAUGCUCACCCACGACAAAGAGAUUGUCUACCUGGCCGCGCCGGGACACAGCACAAUGGAUGAUGCGCCUGCGCCGAUUUCCUUUGCCCAGCCGCCAGUUACGGAUCAACUGAUGCAAUUCGCCACCUUCGGCAGCUUUGUGGCCAAACAAAAGUCCAGCGACAUCGCAGAAAUUGCCCAGAACAAUGGUCCACUGAUUGUGGGGCGCAGCGCACAUAGUUCAGUGAAUGCGUUGGUCAACUUGUCCGCCCAUACGAUGCCUGCCCUGAGCCUGAUUUGCGGCGAAUUCAUCAAAUCGCUGCUAACGCCUGCCGAGAGCACAGUUAGACAUAACGCAGCUGCGGAAGAGACGCUCAGCAAUGGCAAAUUGAAUGGCAAUGGGCUUCUGCACGCUGGCAGCGAUGCAGAGGAAGAAGAGGACGAGGCGGAGCACGAACAGACGCAGCAGGGGGAACAGCAAAAAGAAGAGGUGCGCAAAACGUUGCUGGCGCACAACACAGCACUGGAGGAAGUGAGCACCCAGCAGGAAGAUAGCCAGUUGUUGUUGGAUGCGCGACUGCAGCGCAUUGCGCAGCUCGAAGUACAGCUGGAAUUUUAAAUGUAGCAUUAUUGCAUACUUCGCACAGAGAGAGAGACCAAUCGAUCCCUAACAUGGUACAGCUAUUGUAGGUGCUUACGUAUAUACUAGUUGUUGUAACUAAUUUUGUGACUUUUUUGUAUACAAACGAGACAUAUUAUUAUGCGUAACAGUUCUAUAAAAUA